AUGAAGUUUCUGUGGUCCCUCUUUAUCUUUGCUACCAACCUCUUUGCUGUCUUGGCCACGGUCCUGGUACCCUUAGACAAUUCGGUAAACCCUCAAGUCGCUGCUCGUGAUGCUCUUGAGCAACGGGAUGCUGUGCAGGUUUGCAAGGCCAUACUGAUCGCUCUUAAAGCUUCUGCGUUUUGCUCGUCGUUCGUACCAAUCGUGAAGAGCACAACUACACAGACUCGGACCGGACCUCAGCAAUUCCAGACAGUGACUAUCACACCCGACACUGCUACCGCAACUGCGACAGUGACUACUGGUGCGGCGCCGCCAGCGAGGAGAGCAAACCCAACAUGUUCCAUCAGGGGUCUGCCGGUCCCUAUCAAAGCCUUUGCAUGUGAUGUCAUCAAAGCAGCCUGCAUCGCUUUCGUCAAGCCUGGUAGAACGACUAAGACAACAACUGUACCUGGGCCAACAAGUACAACGAGUACAACUUUAGCAACCCAAACCUCGACGACGACGACGACAACAACCACAGCCCCAGCUGCCCCAACAUGUACACCGGGUCCUUUUCCUAUCGACCGCGUUUGCCAAUGCGUGUACACCGUCGCAUGUGAUACCGACUCCCCGACGGACCCAGCCCUGACCAUCUCGUCUGCUAACUAUCAACAAUGUGCUCAGACCUGUGACGACUUGAAUGAUUGCACAGCUGUCGUUUUCAGUCGUACACCAAAUGGUGGAGGGAUCUGCAAAAUAUAUGCGCUCUCUCAAGCUCCUACAACCGUCUCUGCGCCAGGCGUUGUGUUUGUAUCAAGAGACACGGGAAGUUGUGGUAAUACAAGCUGCGAUUCUUGA